GAUCUCGCGCUGCGUGCUGCUCUGCUCUGCGCGUGGGCGUCUAGCUCUGUCUGAGGCGCGUGAAUGCACGAGUACAUAGGCAUUAUCUUCAUUUCCAGUUUCAUCGGCAAUUUACAGAAUGCGGAGGUGAAAACGGACGGUCUCGCCGAUCGAGGCACACAUCCUUGACGGUAUAUGCUGGUAUUACACCAGUUAGUAUAAUUUUUCUUAUCCGAAAGCUGUUCCUGGGCGAGAAUCACGCAUGCAUUCGAACAGAGGAUUAUCGCGGAGGAACUGCCUCGAGACCAUGAGCUGCAGUUGGGGGACGGAGCUGUGGGAUCAGUUUGAUAAUUUAGAGAAACACACUCAGUGGGGCAUUGAGUUUUUGGAGCGCUACACCAAGUUUGUGAAGGAACGGUCUGAAAUUGAACUGAGCUAUGCUAAACAGAUCAGGAAUCUGUCCAAGAAGUAUCAGCUCAAGAAGAACUCUAAAGAGGAGGAGGAAUUCAAAACCAGCUUGCCGUCAGGCCCGCCGGCCGCCGCCGACUCUGCGCUCUUGGACAUGGCGCUACCUCCAGAGUUCUCAGCUCCUAUCCUCACCCCAGAAUCCGCUCCAGAAAGUUCUCCUUCGUAUCCGCUGGUCCCGUCCUGCUCUCCAUCGUCCCCUGGGUCUCCUUCGUCUCCUGAUUCCCCCGAGUUACAUUUCCAUGAUGGCCGCAGAGCGCAACAACACAUUGAGAAUUCCUGGAAGCAGCUGGAAUCGAGUAAGAGAAGAUUUGAGCGAGACUGUAAGGAAGCGGAUCGCGCUCAGCAUUACUUUGACAAGAUGGACGCCGACAUAAACGUGACUAAAGCAGAUGUGGAAAAGCGGUGUUCUCUCAAGGCGAAACAGCAAGCUCAGAUGAGGCAUCAGAUAGCAGAGGACAGUAAAAAUGAGUACUUGACCUACCUGCAGAAGUUCAACAAGGACCAACAUGAGCACUACUACACGCUUAUACCACAUAUCUUUCAGAGGAUACAGGAGAUGGAGGAGAGGCGGGUGGGCAGGGUGAGGGAGAGCAUGCGGGUGUACACCGAGGUCGAACAUAAAGUAUUGCCCAUCGUCAGCAAGUGUCUGGAUGGCAUGACCAAGGCAGCUGAAUCCAUCGAGCCUAAAAUGCUAACGGGGCGGAUGUGCUUGUUGUUUGUCUCAUCUGCUAAAUCCCCAUCCAGCGCUCAUGUGGCCAUCGCCAUCCUGUCCAAAUAUGGCAGAUGGGGAGUCAUUUCCACCGCAGCACUAAUUGACUCAUACGAGCUGGAAUUUCUGAACAUUUUCUGUGCCCUUGACAUUUUGUCUCUGCUCAUCUUCUCUCUUCCUGUCUUCCUCCAUUCCAUUUCUCAAUGUGCUCCAUCACACCUUCAUCCCCCCACAUCCCCGUCCCCGGACGGCCUCCCCAACGGCCCCCAGUCCCCACAGCAGCCCAAGGAGCCCCUCAGCCAGCGCCUCAACGGCUUCAUGGGCACCAAACACAAAAUGCACUGCCUGCGGAGCCUGAAACGUGGGCUUUCUCUAAAGCUGGGAACAGGCCAGGAGGACUAUAGUCAUCUGCCCCCUGAGCAGAGGAGGAAGAAACUACAAGCCAAGCUCAAUGACAUAAACAAGGACAUCCAGAAAGAGAUGGAUCAGAGGGAUGCCCUGACUAAAAUGAAAGAUGUUUACAUUAAGAAUCCUCACUUGGGGGAUCCAGACAGUGUAGAUCCACGGUUAGAAGAAAUAACACAAAGCUUGGAAAAAUUGCAGCUUGAGGCACAUAAAUUUGAGGGCUGGUUGACGGAGGUGGAGAGGAAGUUACUUGAAAAGGGAUCCGAGUCUCAGAGAAGACAGAGCAGUCAUUUUGACUCGCAGGGCAACACGCCUCUUACAAACAACUACGGUCAAAACCGAGAGAGGUACUUCAGUCCCUGUCAGAACGAAGGUACCAUAUCCAUGGCCGAGAGUGAGAUGUUGUACGUAAUCGAGGAGGAUAAGGGUGACGGUUGGACCCGUGUCCGCAAAAACGAGGAUGAGGAAGGAUACGUGCCCACAUCCUACAUCAAACUCUUUUUGGACAUGAAUGCCAAAGGUGCUAUGACAUACAUAUAAUCCCACAUCACUGAACACCCGGAACGCUGUUUAACUGUACAUACAGUAGAACAUCAUGAAAGCGUUCUCAUUGAGCAGCGCACUUCCUGUUUUUACAAGUUCAAGAUGCCAUGUGUCAUUUCUCUGUUUUGGUCCUUAUUUACGUUUUUAAUUAUUGCUCCCUUAGACCUUAUCAGUGUUAAACAAGUUCUGCAUCCUUAAGGGUACAGUUAAUUAGGCAAUAAAGACAGCUGCUGUGUAAUUUUGAUAUAUCUGAUGGAAAUGGCUGCUUUACCAACAUAUCAUGUUCAUAUUUAGCAUUAUAGCUUGGCAUUAUGGUGGUUUUCUGCUAUAACCAAGAUAUGUAGAUACUCAUGCUCAUAUUUUUAAUGAUCUACAAGCAAUCAGAUACUUUUAGAUUAAGAAUGAAAUGAUUAGAAAAUGUCAAAUAUUCUGAAACCUUCUGGCAAUAAAAAGUAAUUACUUACUAGUAUUUUGACCUUAAAGCUACAGAAUAAGCAGCAAUCCUGCAUUUGAACUAUAGUCAAAAUGUGUUUUUAAUUAUAAUAAUUUUUUAAGACGUCGAAAUGUCUGACUUGAGAGAAUCUUUUGCUUUUGAGAGAUGGAAUAGAAUAUUUUCUCAGGUACGUUUACUUUGGUGUACAUCCUUGUACCUCAGAAAAUCCUGAAUAAACAGGAUUUUGUUUUCUUUCCCCACAUUCAAUUUCAGUGCAUAUCAUUAAAUGUGAAGCGCUUAAGUAAUUAAUGCAUGCGUCUUUGAGACUUCUGCUAGCUUUGCAUUUAGUGCUGUAAAAAAAAAAGAUCAACUUUAGAAGUAAAAAAAUAUACUCAUGAACCCAUAGUUAACGCGAUGCCUUUUAAGUGUAGUGAGCGUUGAAGCAAUAAUUCAAAAGAUGCAUGUUAUUCAUACACUGACCAGCAUGGAAAACUAACAGUUAACGUGAAGUUAAAUAAAAAUUUUCCAGGUGGUCGUCGCAGUGUGUAUUAGAAAUGCUUACAGCAGGAAUACCGCUCUAUGUGCAUGCUAUAAAACCAGACAGGCUAUUUAUUGCUGCUUAUCAGAUUCAUCAUUUGUCCAUAGCUUUAUCAGCAGCUGUUAAAUAUGCUUGAUAGUGUCGCAAGCUAAAUAUAUGAAGAAUUUUGUAUGGUUUUAUACUGUCCCUGUCUUUAAUUCACACUUCAUAGUGGGGCUGCGCUCUGACAUUGAGCUUCCGUGGUUUACUGAACGUUUUUAACCCAUUGCUGUCUGUGAAUCAACGAUUGUACAGGAGUUCUUGUGCAACAUCUCUAACAUGUCUUGUGUGAUUUUUUGUUUCUUUUUUGC